AUGGUGCAGAGUGCAACACAGCAAGCCACUGCUGAUGUACCCCCGCCACCCCUGCAGGGCUCAGUGACAAAGGAAGAGUCAGAGAAGGAGCCAGAUGCGGUAGAGACAAAGAAGCAGCUCUGCCCCUAUGCUGCAGUGGGAGAGCGUCGCUAUGGGGAAAACUGUGUGUGUCUCCACGGAGACUCCCGUGACAUGUGUGUCCUGCAGGUCCUGCACCCAGUGGAUGCUGCCCACAGGUCACAACACAUAAACUCUUGCAUUGAGGCCCACGAGAAGGACAUGGAGCUCUCUUUUGCCGUGCAGCGCAGCAAGGACAUGGUGUGUGGGAUCUGCGUGGAGGUGGUCUAUGAAGAAGCAAACCCCAGUGAACACCACUUUGGGAUCCUGUCCAUCUGCAACCACCUCAACUGUCUCAAGUGCAUCUGCAAAUGGAGACGUGCUAAGCAAUUUGAGAGCAAGAUCAUAAAGUGAGACUCCUCCCCAAAAUAGUUUAGGCUUCCUGAACAAACUUAUCUAGCUGUGAAUGCGUGUUUCCUGGCGUUUUACUUUUAACACUCUCCUAGUCCAUCCAUUAAGCUAGCCAAUAUUCCGCCAUCCUUUAAAAACUGUUCUCAUAACCGAACAAAAGACACGCAAUCCAAACAGAGCAAAGUUAAAAGAAAUAAAUUUAUUUAAACAAAAAAAAAAAAA